GCUCACACCGCCCUUCUCCAGCCGCGCUCCACAACCUGCCUCCCUGGACCAGCCGGGUCCAUCUCCCGGCUGCGGCCACCCCAGCGGAUUCUCCGGGACCCGGCUGCCGUUCCCAGCUGGAUCAGGCAGCCAGGGCAAAGCUCCGAGCGGUCCUGGAAGGGGAGGGGGCAAAGCGAAGCGAGCUCGGGCGAGCUCGGCAGGGAGAGCCUCCGUCUCGGCAGUAAUGAGGGAGAAGCUGUUUAGUCAUCUCUCUAUAUAUACUUUCACAAUGAUGAUCGCAUUUACUGAUUGCUGCUGACUGCGCGUAGAGAGGGAGUCAAGAGGCAGGCAGCACAGCUCACCUCUCAUCCCGAGGAGUGACUGCUCCCCCUUCCUUCCAGUUCCCCACAUUUAGCCCUACUUUUGGGCGCCGGGUGUCUUUCCUUGCCAGAUGGAACUGAUCUGACUUCCAGCAGGUCUCGGGAGCAUCCUGAUUAUCCUCUCCAGUAACAAGGCCUGGGCUCAUCAUGGCAGCAGGAGUUGCAGCGUGGUUGCCCUUUGCCAGGGCGGCUGCCAUAGGAUGGAUGCCAGUGGCCAACUGCCCCAUGCCACUGGCUCCAACGGAGAAAAACAAGAGGCAGGACGAGCUGAUCAUUCUCAAUGUGAGUGGCAGGCGGUUCCAGACCUGGAGGACUACACUGGAGAGAUACCCGGACACUCUCCUGGGCAGCACCGAGAAGGAGUUCUUCUUCAACGAGGACACCAAGGAGUACUUCUUCGACCGGGACCCCGAGGUCUUCAGGUGCAUCCUAAAUUUUUACAGAACUGGCAAGCUGCACUACCCCAGGUACGAGUGCAUCUCUGCCUACGACGAAGAGCUCGCCUUCUACGGGAUCCUCCCCGAAAUCAUCGGGGACUGCUGCUACGAAGAGUACAAGGACAGGAAGCGGGAAAACGCGGAGCGGCUGAUGGACGACAACGACUCUGAGAACAACCAGGAAGGCUCCAUGCCGUCCCUGAGCUUCCGGCAGACCAUGUGGCGAGCCUUCGAGAACCCCCACACCAGCACCUUAGCCUUAGUCUUUUACUACGUCACCGGUUUCUUUAUCGCCGUCUCUGUGAUCACCAACGUGGUGGAAACUGUGCCCUGCGGCACCGUGCCCGGGAACAAGGAGCUGCCGUGCGGGGAGAGGUACGCCGUGGCUUUCUUCUGCCUGGACACGGCCUGCGUGAUGAUCUUCACCGUCGAGUACCUGUUGAGGCUCUUCGCGGCCCCGAGUCGCUACAGGUUCAUCCGAAGCGUGAUGAGCAUCAUCGACGUGGUGGCCAUCAUGCCCUACUACAUCGGCCUGGUGAUGACCAACAACGAGGACGUCAGCGGGGCCUUCGUCACGCUAAGGGUUUUUAGGGUUUUCAGGAUUUUCAAGUUCUCCCGCCAUUCCCAAGGCCUGAGAAUCUUGGGCUACACCUUGAAGAGCUGUGCCUCCGAGCUUGGCUUUCUCCUCUUUUCCCUCACUAUGGCAAUCAUCAUCUUUGCAACUGUGAUGUUUUACGCGGAGAAAGGGUCCUCGGCGAGCAAAUUCACCAGUAUUCCUGCUUCCUUUUGGUACACUAUUGUAACCAUGACAACACUGGGUUAUGGCGACAUGGUGCCCAAGACAAUCGCUGGGAAGAUCUUUGGCUCCAUCUGCUCCCUGAGCGGGGUGCUGGUCAUUGCCCUGCCCGUGCCAGUCAUUGUUUCCAACUUCAGCCGGAUUUACCACCAGAACCAGCGAGCCGACAAGAGGAGGGCACAGAAGAAAGCCCGGCUCGCCCGGAUCCGCGUGGCCAAGACCGGCAGCUCCAACGCGUACCUGCACAGCAAACGCAACGGCCUCCUCAACGAAGCCCUGGAGCUCACGGGAUCCACCGAAGAGGAACAGCACAUGACUAAAGGCACCUCCUUAAUCGAAAGCCAACACCACCAUCUGCUGCACUGCCUGGAAAAAACAACCGGAUUGUCCUAUCUUGUGGAUGAUCCCCUGUUAUCUGUACGAACUUCCACCAUCAAGAACCACGAGUUCAUAGAUGAGCAGAUGUUCGAGCAGAACUGCAUGGAGAGCUCGAUGCAGAACUACCCCUCCUCUCGGAGCCCCUCCCUGUCCAGCCACCACGGACUGACCACCUCGUGCUGCUCCCGCCGCAACAAGAAGACCACUCACCUGCCCAACUCCAGCGUCCCGGCCACGCGCCUGCGGAGCAUGCAGGAGCUCAGCACCAUCCACAUCCAGUGCAGCGAGCAGCCCUCCCUCACCACAAGUCGUUCCAGCCUCAACAUGAAGUCGGACGACGGGCUGAGACCGAACUGCAAAGCUGCCCAGAUCACCACAGCCAUCAUCAGCAUCCCCACCCCGCCCGCCCUCACCCCCGAGGGCGAGAGCAGACCCACCCCCGGCAGCCCCGGGCACUCCACGAACAUUCCCACCCCCAGCACGGCCAACAUCGUCAAGGUCUCCGCCUUGUAAGACGUCUCCCGAGGCUGGAAGCCCGGCGGCCCCCUCUCCCUCGGCACCUCCGACGCUCCUUUCGUGCUGCAAACUCGUGCCUGGAUGGACCGACCCGACGUUCUGUGCCCGGACCCGCGGGGGAGGCACCUUCCUUCGGCCGGGGACUGAGGAAGGAUUCCUGCGAGAGGAAGAAGGGUGGUCGGAGGAAAACAAAAAAAAAAAACCCUCCUGGAGGGGAAGAACCAUCGUGGCAACGAAGAGAGUCGAUUAAGCAAACGGGAAUAUAACACUGUGUAUCGCAGCACCUUUUUAAAGGUUUUUAAUGGAUAAUAUUUAUUCACGAGGAAAUGACUGAAAAGGUGAAAAAAAACAAUGGAUUUUUGUGAAUUAUUUUUUUCUUUUUUUCUCCGUUCGUUCGUUCGUUUCUUCUUCAUGGAGCAAGAACCUUUAAACCGACCAAAAUUUCACAUUUCUCGUUUUCUUUUUUUUUUUUCUUUCUUUUAUAGGAAAAGAUUUAGGCAAAAAAAGAAGCCACCUGUCACAGAGAUCUCUCUCCAUUCCUCUGUGUGUGUGUGUGUGUGAGUGUGUGCAGCAGGAAAACACUGAAUUCCAAAGGGCAGAGCACUGUUCCCAUGAUUGGGAAACACAAGCAUGUGUCAGCACACACAUGUGCACACACACAGACCCCUCUCUCUCACCCUGGAUGGCAUUUCUUUAUUUAGACAAUUUUGUACCCGCCUUUUAAGUCAAUACAGUGCAAUUGCAAACAGUGUGUUUGUCUGCUAAUUAUUGUCUGUGAAAACAUAUUUGUGGAGGAAAAAAACUAAACGACAAAACAAACAAAAAAAAAAACCAACAAAAAAAAAAAAAGACAGGCUUUAGUAGAGUUUUAGUCCCACAUGGGUAUCUGCUUUCUAUUUUUGUUAUCACUUACUUGUAAGAGUGUGACUAGACUACGGUUCUGUAUUUUUAAAAAGGAAAAAAGAAAAGGUAGGAUUCUUUUUUAAUACUGUGCACACAAAUGGCAAAGAAUGAAAGCACUGAACUCAACUGCAUCAAGCAUUCAUAAGUCUAACAGAGGUUUCUUGUAAUGUAUGCCCAUGCUUUUUAAUUUUUGGGUUCUAUGUAGAAAUUUCUUUGCUAGCACUGGACGUACAACCCAUUGUAAAUAGUAGCCAAAUAAUGUCUGGAUUUAUACUUGAUAAUAAUUAACCCCAGAGCCAAAUAUCUUGCAUGGACAGAGAGGUAUUUGGCUUUUUCACAGUCUUAGGGCUCCAGUUGUCUCAGCAGUGGCUUCUGGGUUGCACUGAUUUUGGGGAUAGAUGAGCAGUUUUAGUUCUCCAGGCUCAGCACGGGAUCUGAUGAGAAGGGGGAGCAGUCCUGGAGUGUGGAAAACACCUGAGAACGUGUGCUACAGAGACAGCAUUUCCUUUUCACAGCCCUACCCUUAGUUUGGGGAAAGUCUAAUCCUGGACUUCUAAAUCAGCCAAAAACUGAGGAGCACUGGGUGGUACUGCCAAGUGGCUCAUCCUUCUGACCAAGCUGUGGCCAGUCCUACCCCCUGAGAUCCUUCUAGGAAUGACUUAUUGUGAGGAAACACAGGGACCUGAAACACAAGUGGUUUUCCCCCCCACGUGAGCAACUUUUUUCUCCCAUUCCAAGGGGGAGAUCCAUGGGGUGAGAGGAAGGGCAGGGUGAGGAACAUCAUCACCCCCCUUCCCACUCGUUUGAUCCCUGUGCUCGUGCCCAAACCUCUCCAGUGACCCCACGAAGGGGGAGGCACCACCCCCCGACAGCUUGGAGAGAACGAGGAAAGCCAACAAGUGUCCUGUUCUGAGCAGGGGUUUCACCAACACCAGGGUUAAAAGAACAGCUCAAAGCACCUCUGAGGCUGAUCCAGCAAAGGGAUGACCUUUUUUUAACAUCUGCCCCGACCUAUCCUGAUGUAAUAUUUACAGCCACAUCCACAUAUAAAUAACCCCAGACACACAGACAUGUAUAGAUAACUCAUAGACCUCCCUGCUGACUCACACAUAGGAGCUGACAGCCUGCUUUGGUAGCACUGCUGCUUGUCUGUAGAGUGGACUUGAUGGCUGAUGCAUUAACCCACUGCCCUCCUUAGAAUCCUACAACAUCCCAGGAAUACUAGAAUUAUGGCUAAGCCUCCAGUAGCUGCACCAGCUUCUACUCAUUUAUCCCAGUGCUGCAAUAUGUUCCCCAAAAACUAUGUUUAGCCCUGUUUUUUAAUGAUUAAAAUGCUCUGCCUUUUGCUGCUUCCUGUAGGAGGUUGUACUGCAGUUAAUCUUACCAUUAUUGAGGGUUUUUUCUCGAUGUUUUAAUUUAAUCUUUGCUUUAAUUUCAUUAACUGUCAUCAUCUGCACCCUCACCCUUGUAGAUCAGAGGCCUUGCUCUCCACCAGCCUCCCACCUUGCAACCUCAUUUAUGCUGGCACAGAGUGAGGGUGAGAUGUGCUGACAGGGCACAGGAAUGAAAAAAUCACAGGGAAUCAGGGAUUCAACAUGGAUUCUUGGUGCUGCCUUCCUUAUUCCCGAUUUAUCAUGGAUUUGUCACCUCUCUGCACCCAUCUCUCAGUCUGUAAAUAGCAAUUGCAGCAGCCCUUGGCCAAAGCACUCCUGGGGCUUUUAAUUGCUAUCCAUCAAAAGGCUUUUUGGGAAAAAAAAAAAAUAUAAAAUUCAACAUUUUUGAAAGAAAAAAAUAAAAAUAAGGAGGAAAGCCAGCCCUAGGGGUUUCUGGGUGGCUGCUUGGGCUCAGCUUGUCAAGGCAGCCACGGCCUCUCCUCUCUUCCAUGGAAGAGGAAUUGUUAUCCUUGCUCAGAAAUCCGUGGUUUGCCUCUUCUGCCAUGAACUGGGCAGGUGCUGCCCCACACAGCCAGACUCUCAGAGCAUAAAACCAGGCAAAAUUAAGGGAAUCUGAGCCCAGAGGAACAGGGCUAAAAAUAUUUUUAGUGGAGGCAAUAGCUCCCUUUAUCCUGGAAUUGAAGUAACGCUCCCGAAAGCGCUUGGAAAUGUGCUCUGAAACCCCUCCUGCACUGCCCAAAACCAGCCCCACCCUUGGGGGGAAAGCACUGAAACAGCACAGCCAGGGCUUGGAAGGGCACAGCGGAGCAUCCCUGGCAGGAAAACAGGGAAAAAGGGAAAGCCUUGGCAGAGCAGAGCCCGGGAAUGGCACUGCAGCCACUUCUUCCCUCAAUAAAGGGAGGCAAAUCAGCCUCCCUAAACCACUGAGAUCUUCACAAUCUUCAAACAGCAACUUAGAAACCAUUGCUGAGAUAAGGCCAAGCCAAUCCUGAAAAUUCCUCAGCCAGGACUUUACCUGGAGGGUGGGGACUGUUCUUUCCAGUGGUCCCAGUGCUGCCCAGUGUGACCAGCACUGCCCUCCCAUCCCGGGGCCAGGCAUGUCCAUGGAUCCCAACCCAAAAACCAGCACCUCCCCCAGCAAUCCUGGUCAUUCCUGAGGCUUCUCCAGCUCCCUCUGAGAGGAGCAGCAUCCAGGAAAAGAGGCAAGUUCUAGAAAACAACCCCGUUGGUCAGACUGUCCACCAGGAGUGUGCUGGCAGAUCAUGUCCCAGCCUUUCCCUCUCCCCUAAUUCCUUACUUUUUAUAGUUUUAGAAAAGGUUCUUGGAAAAAAAAAAAAAAAAAAAAAAGAUAAAAAUGGGUUCUUUGUACAAAAAGCAAUAUCAAAAAUAUCAAAUUUUCUGAGCAUUUGGUUUCCUUUCCAACGUUUUUUUCAGAGGGGAAAAAAAUAUUUUCAUGGACUUUCAGCACAUUCUGUUCAGAGAUUUCCUCUCUUCCCACCUGGCAUUGGGCUGCAAACAGGAGUCACACCCAAGUGGCAGAGAAUGAUGAGAAAUAUCUUUCACAUGUAGGCUUUGACUUCCAUCUACUCCAUCCAAAAUCCACCUUUUACUUUCGUUUUCCUUAAAAAUCUUAAGGACGCCCGUAAAGAAGAGGCCACAGAUAACACAUCUUGGCACACAAAAAUUCAAGGAUUAUAAAAUUUAAUCUCUCCUCUGCUAGCACAGGAUCCUUCACUGUGAUACAUGGCACUGCUCUUUUAGAUUUAAUUACAUUUAAAACUCUCCAAGGACUUCCUCUAUUUCCCUGGGGAGCUUUUUCCAGAGUGACAGACCUCAAUGCCAAGGAUUUUUCUCCAGCUGUUCAGCCAUAAUUCUCUUCUUAUUUUCUCCUCUCUUGCUGCCAUUUGUACUCCCUUGCACCAUUUAAAUGAUUCUCCUUUCCACAAGAGGAAUAUAAAACUUUCUACAGCAAAUUCUUCUCCCAGAGACCACUUUUAUCUGUUAAAUAAUUAUCAUUGUUAGAAGUUUCAGGGGAAAGAUAACCUAAGUAACACACAUGGCCUCAGUGUGGAAUAAAGUUAAUGGAUAAUUCAAAAUACAUCCUUCUUUAAUUGGCCAGAAAGACUAAAUUUAAUCAGUGCCACUUGUUUAACCUAAAACUGUUGAUAAUAAACUGCAACCCAGCAUUUAUCCUUCUAGUUUAGGCAGCUUGCACGAAAAUCAGAUUAAUAACAGCUAAAGAAAGCAAAGUUUCUUCAAAUAUUUUGCUUCUUUAAGUAAAGAGGUUGCAAACAUGUUGUAUCUUACAUGCAUUAUAAAGAAUAUUCAGUAAAUUACGAAUUAUGUUUCAUUCCUGUGCUGAAACAUCCCUUGGAUCCUGUCAUGUUUUUCCAGGUUGGACUAAUGCAGAGUUACAAAGCACUCAUGGAUGGCUGGGAAUAUCAGCAGAUUUCAUUCUGCUUUUGAAUUUAGGUGAAUUUUCCACAGAAUUUGCCCAUCUAGUCUGUCUGAAUUGAUUUUCUUUUCAAUCACUUCUUUUUUCUCCAACACUUUAGGCCAACUGCAGUAGAUAUGUGGCUUUAAAGCCUGGUUUUUUAGGCUUCUCACUUGCCAUAAACUCUUUAAUAAUUUUAUCCUGUAAGAGCAAAGGGGAAGGCAGGGAGCACAUGGAUCAGAGCCAGGAGACUGAGCACUGGGAAUCCUGCUCCUGGUUGUCCUGAUGAACCACUAAGAGAUCCCAAAGAAGUCAUUUCACCUCUCUGCCAGUUAUCCCACCCGUAGGGAAACCAACCCCUCCUCUUGCAAUAAGUGAAGCCCAAUCCAUGACACCCCCAAAAAUGCCCCAGGGAAUUCCGCAGCCACAGGGAAUUGUGCAGCCACAGGGAAUUCUGCAGCCACAGGGAAUCCUGCAGCCAGUGCCCCAGAACUGCUGCUGGUGUUGGGGAAGCAAAACCUGUGCCGGGAAGGCUUCGGGGGGAACGGGAGAAGGACCAGGUGACAAAGAGCUCGUGAAAAACCCCUUCGUGUGUUCUCAGUCAGGUCUGUUCCUUUGUGUGUAUCCGUGUGCACGUGUUCCUUUCCCUUUGGGGUUCAGUCAGUGCUAGUCCAGGACUCUCAGCUGGCUGGGGGGAAGGCACCACCCACACUGAGGGCUCCUCUCCCUUCUGGUGCCACUCCAACCUGGAGCUCCCACCCUGGGCCAGUGGAGCAUCUUCCACACUGCUGUGAUGGUCUCUUUUUGAUAAACCAGUCUGGCAUUCCAGUGGUGUUUCCUUUAGGAGUUUUAUGUUCUGAGAAGCUCUCAACCUUUAUUAUUUUCUAUUUUCAUACUCUGAGUGGGCUUUGCUUACAGAGGACAGAUCCGAACUGUACUGUACACAGCUGCAGGUAGCUUCAUUUGAGAACAACUUUCUAGAAGAACCAAGUUUCCUGUUGUCUUCUUUUGGAAUUGUAGUGCAUAUGUUGAAACUUGUAUAUCAUUUACAGUAUUGAGUCUUGUGCCACUGCUGUACCUGAUGUAUCCAAUCCGGAUUAAACAGAGUAUGUGCCACAAAUA